GACCAAAAAAAUCUGGAAAACGGCGUGGGAACGCACCAACAAAAUAUGGGAACCCACCGAAAAAUCAUGGGAACUGGCCAAUAAAUCGUGCGAAACCCUUUAAUAGCGUCAAAAUGUUGAUCUAGGCUAAAAUUAAAGUCCAAUAGAAUACCUUAAUCUAAUACUAAAUCAGAACAACCCCAGAGAAGGAUAUAACAGUACUGAGGUUGACAGAUAACAUAUACGCAAAACACCAAGAUUGGAACAGGGAGACAGAGUACUGCAGUCACUACUAUUUCUGAUCGCAGAGUACAUUUUUAAAUCGUCAGCAUAAAAUAACGUUGAACCUUCCCCGGUACGGUCAAAACUACGUAGAUUGACAAAGAUAUUAAACAGUCACGGACCUAGUACGCCUUCUUGAGGGACACCUGCAACAUUAGAAUAAUCUUGCAAGAUGCUAUCUCCUAUCUUGACGAUCAAGGUACGAUGGCAGGUACGAUUUCAAAAAGCUUGCUGUUUGCGCAAAGCAUACAGCAGGAAAAUACCCCGAACGAAGUGACUGGUUGUACAAAGAAGUUAGAGGUGGAGCCAGGGAUCUGAUGCACUUAGCUGCUAUAAAUACCGGGCAUGCUGUCCGGACCACACGCCGUAGACGGCUUCAGUGCCGAGGCAGCUAGAAGAACAUCUUCAACCGAGAAGGACGGCAGAGGAACGUCGCCGCAGUCUGUCGUAAUCGCGCGUAUUUUAAUUUUUCUCGCUAAACUGCUGACCAGUGACCGGUCGGUGACACUGCCGCUGCGACACUGUCUACUGUGCGCUGCCCAGAUUGGUCGUCAACACGGAACGCGCCCCGGGGAAGCUGUCGCUGUUCCGCGUCUGCCGGAAGUAAUCAGUUUUUGGGGCGUAAGUAUAGUUGAGCAGGGCCACGAUCAACGUCUUGCGCUGAAUUGAGCGUGUCGCAACGCGUAAAGCGCGGCAACGCGGCCACGCAUUGACCAUUCGCUGCGCAUUCGUGUUUUGCGUGUCCACCAACGGUGUGUGUUUGGGGAUCGGAUUUUUCCGUUUCUCGCAAGCAGCAGCCGGUGUCUUUCUUCCACUCACACACACACACACACGUCGUGUUUGGGAUGAAUGGGUGGAAUGAGGAAGCGAAAAUAAAUACUGCUCGAUCAUGUUCUUCCGGCGCGCGGCCGCAAAAGAAGAGCCGAAGUGCGCUCAUGCGUGCCGUGCUCUUGAAAAAUGCGGCUUUGCGGCGGUACACGGAGGUGACAACUCAGCGCGGACCAGAGAUUCAUGAAUGUUACCCCCUAGCUACCCCUCGUUUUUUUUCUUGUCGUUUUGGAGUAGAACAGUGAUGUCAAACUCGCUUUGGGUCGUGGUCCGGAAUGCAAUUAAAAAUAUUCCCAAGGGCCGCAGCUCAGCGGAAUGGGAAGGUUGCGCUGAUUUCAUAUUCCAGUACUGAAUCGGUAUUAAAAUCUAACUUUUUCUUACGAAAUACUAAAAAAACAGGCAGAAAGGAUGAGUAGGUUGUGGAGGUUACUUUUACUUUCUUAAAGAUUUUAGAUUUUCAAAUAAUAAUAAAUUUUAGUUGUUGUUCAAUUGUUAAUUUUUCCUUAGCCGUUGCUUUCCAUCGGUGAAAAUCAUUAAAGACAUAUCCUUGGACCUAUAAUCAUACCUACAUAUUUUUAUAGGUUUCAACGAAUCGAUUCAUGGCAAAUAUUAUCUCAUAAAUCGUUGAUUAUGUUGAAAUAAGGAACAGGGAAAUAACACUUUACUACGCCAACCAGCCCAUGAUAUUUACUUACUGGGUUUUCCAGGAGUUCUUAUAGCUGUGUGACACUUUAUUGACUCCUUCUUACGUGAAAUG